AUGGGUCAGCCCUUGGUGCUGGAACCCACGGGGCUUGAAGGUAGGAUUGGCGGGGCUGUGCGGGAGUCCCCGGGACCUUGCCCAGACACUGGACGCCUGGCGGCCUGUGCCAGGACUGGAGGGCAGGACCAUUCCAGCCCUGGGGGUGGAAAGCAAGGAUCCACCCUUGGGGAUCCAGCUCCAGACACGGUUGUCAGGACCCCUGCAUCAUCAGGAGAAACCGACAACCUCAGCUGUUCUGUCUUCCCAGUCAUUGCAGCAGCAGAGAGGAGGCAAGCUUUCCUUGGCUUAGGACUGUCAAGGAGCCAAGAGAGCCACCCUGGAUUCCACCAUGGACAGCCUCCUGAUGAAGCAGAGGAAUUUCUUUACCACUUCAAAAACGUGCGCUGGGCUAGGGGCCGCCACGAGACCUACUUGUGCUAUGUGGUGAAGCGGCGAGACAGUGCCACCUCCUUCUCACUGGACUUCGGGCACCUUCGAAACCAGGCGGGGUGCCACGUGGAACUGCUCUUCCUCCGCUACAUCUCCGACUGGGACCUGGACCCCGGCCGGUGCUACCGCGUCACCUGGUUCACCUCGUGGAGCCCCUGCUACGACUGCGCGCGGCACGUGGCCGACUUUCUGAGAGGGUACCCCAACCUGAGUCUGAGGAUCUUCACGGCGCGCCUCUACUUCUGCGACAAGGACCGCAAGGCGGAGCCCGAGGGGCUGCGGCGGCUGCACCGCGCGGGGGUCCAGAUCGCCAUCAUGACCUUCAAAGAUUAUUUUUAUUGCUGGAAUACUUUUGUGGCAAAUCGUGAAAAAACUUUCAAAGCCUGGGAGGGGCUGCAUGAAAAUUCGGUUCGUCUGUCCAGACAGCUUCGACGCAUCCUUUUGCCCCUAUAUGAGGUGGACGACCUACGAGAUGCAUUUCGUACUUUGGGACUUUGAUACCAAGCUCCAAGAACGUCACGUAUCAAGAGAUACCUCUGAAGAUGGUGGGUGAAAGAACGAUCCUUCAGGAAUUCUGUUUUUCUUCAACUCUCACUCUGAGUUUAGGGGAGAAGUAUUCAUAUAUGACUUUAAAAAGAUGUCUUUAAAAUAGAGAAGGAACGCAGACCCACCAGGGUUAAUGCCGCAACUGGUGCAGGCUUUAAAGGCAACACUGCCCCCUACUGGGAAACGACAGAACUGCAUGGCCUGGGAGCAUCUUAACGUCAAUAUUGUGACUUUUGAAACAGGAAGAAAGCAGAAGAUAAAUGCUUAAAAGUAUGGUGAGAGGAUCAAAUGUUUUAUAAUCAGUAUCCUUUAAUAUUUUAUUUUUUCUGAGUUUUCAGUGGUGUUAAUGAUAAAUUUUUCUACUCUUUUCCUUCGGGGUUCACUUUUUAAGUGAACAAACAUCUGUCAGGCUGUGAUCUAUAGAACUUCCUAAUGAGAUAAUCUGUGUGAUUGUACCUGCCAAACCAUCUCUUCAAAGCAUUAAUAUCCAAGCACAUGCUGUAUGUACUCAUUGUCUGAAGCAUGUUUUUAUGUUUGUAAAAGAGGAUUUUUUUUCUUGGUGUGGAAUACACAGGGUCACAGGUUCUUGUAUAAUAAAGGAUCUUAAAAUGAAUCUGAGGGCUGUGAAGAAGACACUCUAAAAGUGAAUUGAUGCCCCAAGUAACAAAUCUGCAAACAGAUCCUUUUAAAGUCACAGCUUUGAAACCACACAUUUCCCAUGUAACUAGAGAAUGCUUGGAAGGCAGGUGCUUAAAUGUUGCGAAAAGGAAAAUCUGUUCUCUCUGGUGGGUCUUUGAACCUCAGCGAUGCCAACCGGGUCAAGGUUUUCCCCCUUUUGCAUGUAUAUGUCGCUUCUCUCAGAGAAAUGCUGACUGUAUAAGAGACAGUGACAAAAGAAAGUAAUUGGGAGGGAAGGAUGACAGAGCACUGCAAGAAAAUAGUAUUGUAUCCAGUAAAACGGAGUGAGCCCACAUGUCAAGAUCAUGCCCGUGUCCGUAACAACACUCCUUGACUGUGCGAAAACUACUCAGAAAAACCUGAUCACUGUGCGGUGAUUACUUAACAACCCUUGCAACGAAGAGAAACAGAGCCACAGGGCAAGCUGAAUGCAUAACUGUACCGUCUUACCUUUACUGUACCUAGUUUGUGAAAGAGUUAAAUGUAAAAUCCUUAUUCAUGUAUUCAUUCUUAUUGUAUGUUAUGCUAUGUAGUGUCUAAUGUUAUUAUCAUAAUUUUUCUGAUAUAUUGAAAUGGAUUCCUAAUUUCUUGUAAAUGUAUACCUUUAGAAAUGAUUCUACUAGCAAAAUAUAUCAUUGUAACAUAGUCUAAUGUAACAACAUUGCUAUGAAACCAUUCUCCUGAUUUUGUUAAUUUUUCCCACUGCAAAUUUGAUUCUGUCUUAC